AUGGCUCUCCGGCGCAGCGCCGGAUCCCUCGCGCUCCGCGCCGCCGCCGCCGCCUACCUCCGCCGACACCGUCCCCAUCCUCCUCCCCCACUGGCCCUCGCCGCCCCCGCUCCCACUCCCAUACGCCGCCCGCUCGCCCCGCACUGCCGGCACUUCGCCGCUCCGCCAGGUACUCAGGUCAACAGGAAGCGAGGCAAGGAGGAGGACGAAGGCCACCGCAUGAACAACGCCAUCACCGCUCCCUUCGUCAGGCUUGUCACGGAUGAAAGCCACAACGUUGUCCCCCGGCAUGAAGCCCUCCAGCUUGCGAGCAGGAUGGACAUGGACUUGGUUGAGGUCGACAGAAAAUCAGACCCUCCUGUAUGCAAAAUCAUGGAUUUUCACAAAGAGAAGUAUAAGAAAGAAACCAAGGAGAAAGAACGCUUGAAAACCAAGUCUGCUAUCGUCUUGCGUGGAGGGGAGAACAAAGAAGUGCGAUUUAAAGGGAAAACUGAACUAAAAGAUUUGAUGGUGAAAGCAGAUGGGAUUACCAGAUUAAUGGAGCGAGGUUACAGGGUGAAGUGCAUGGCCAUGCCCUCAGGUAAUGAAGGAGAAGAUUUAGGAACACCACUAUCUCGGUUGUUAGGACUUAUACAAGAUGUGUGCAUUGUUGAAAGUGGGCCGCACUUGGACUCGAAGCAUGCAUAUGUUAUUGUCAGGCAUGUGAAGUUUGCAACAAAGAAAGGUGGGAAGAAAGCUAGCCAGGCCAUGGAAGAAUCAGGAAAAGAGGGGCAGGAUAGAGAAUUUAAAAGGGGGUUCAAUAGGUCAAAACCCAACCCAGGGGCUGGGGGAAACAGAAUUAAUCCUGGCCAGUGGGGACCACAGGCAACUGAACGCGGACUUGGCUACAAGGAUGUACCUGGCAUGGAAAAGCGAGAGAGUAAUGUGCAAGAUCAGGGUCCUGUUGAAACCAACAGAUACGCUGCUCGGAGGCAGCCAAUAAGAGGAGACAACAACCGAGGUUUCAACCAAGGAAGACCCCCUCAAGAUGAUAGAAGGAAUGAAAACGGAGGCCGUUAUGACAACCAGAGACCUCUGGAACCGCAGCAUAACCGACCACUACCAAGGUUCAACCAAGGUGGAUUGCCACAAGAUCCAAGGAACGAAAGGAGAGGUCCUUUUCCACUGAAUAACAACCAAAGGCAACCAGCAGGUGGUGGUGAUCCUAAUCGAGCAAGCAAGAGUUUUGGGAUCUUCAGUAGUACUCAGAAAUCUGGAUCAUCUGAGCAGAGGAAGUCGGAUGGUACUAGUAAGCCUGGAAAUACUGACUCGCCUAAAAACUUUGGGAUUUUUAGUUCUAGGAAAUGA